AACACACCUCUCCUAAUGCGGCGCGAAAAUUUGAGCUGUACCAUCUGAAGUUUAAAGGGGGAGUUCGUAAGAACUAAACUGAUAUUAAACUACACCCGUAAAAUAAAUACAGUCGUAAAGACGAUAUUUAAUUUGUACAUAAAUAUGUUCUGUCUGCCAACCACAUGAAUCCGUCUUCCAACAGGUUUCGUUUUCUCACCCUAUUCACUGAAGGCGAGUGAACUCGUCCAGCAGAAAGUGAAAUGAGGUAAAUUCAAAACAGAGCUAAAGAUGUGUUUAGUUUAGGAGUUUAUUAUGUUUCCUAAUUAUCUAAUAACUCCGAACGGAUUUAUUUUAACGUUAUUUUUCCAUACGAUUUAAGUCGGUUUGUUUUGGAAAAGUGACCGCAAUGUCCCAAGUGACACUUUUGGAUGAGGUUUCUCAAUGGAACCAGGAAACCUGUCAACAAGAGCUCAAAUCCGUCUUGCCCAAACUAGUUGCUAUGCAUCAUGACACUGACAGCUGGGAGGAGCGCACAAAUAUUCUGCAGAUUAUCACAAACCGGUUCCUCCCACAUCUUUCUUUACCCGAGUUAGAGGUGGAAUGCUUUUCCAUUGUUUUACCCAAGGUGGUAAAAAUGUUUGCAAGUUUCCUGGAAGAAAUUGGCAAGCAAAUUGACGGCCUCUCCAGUCAGAACACAGAGUUGCAUGCACACUUGAGGAAUAUUCUAAAGAUGAUGGUCCACACCUUGGAGUGCCUCUCUGGCUGUGUACGUCACGCUGGUUCUUUUGAAGAGUCUGUCUCCUUGGACGCCAUCCGCUCUCUGCCGUCUUGUGUCCUCAGAAUCCUGAAGGACACCUUUCAGCACUGCAAGGACAGUGAGGUCAUGUACAGUGGAAGGCUGUCAUUGGUGGGAGAUCUCCUUCAGGGUUUAUUUAAAGAGGCCUACUCUUUGCAGAAGGGCCUGAUGGAGCUCUUGGAAAAAAUUCAUUUGGAUGACACCUCAUCUGAGGAGGAGGUUUCAGACAUUGUCACAGUGAUUCACAGUCUGCUGGACAUGUGUGCAGUCAUAUCCAGUUUGGAUAUUGCUCUACAUGCCAACACAUGGAAAUUUAUCAUCAAACAGAGCGUGAAGCACCAGUCUUUAGUGGAAGAUCAUCUCAACCACACUGACAUAGCCUUCUCAUUGUGUGAAGAUCUAUGUACGUCUGUCCAGAACUGUUUCGUGAUGGCUCAACAGAUCCAGCAGUCUGGCCUGCAGGAUGUUGUACACUGUCCAGAAUACAAGCUUUUCCAAAAAGCAACAAAGAUGUGUAGGUUUUUUGCCAACACAUUAGUCCACUACACAAAGGAAUUUAAAGCAUUCCUUGCCAAAUCGUGCCACCGUUUUCACCAGUUGUAUCUUCAAAUCCACAGUAAGUUCCCACCCUCUGUGUUUGCCCUGUCUGUGCCCCCUGCCCUCGUCGAGGACUUGAGAGUAGCAGUUCUGGUUCCAAUGGAUGCCAUGCUGACACAGCUGUUGGCCUUCCAUCCUUUUGCUGAAUCAGUCCUGGACCCAGAAAAUAACUCUAGUACAGAGCUUUGCCUACCACAGUGUCUGCUACUGGUCAAUGUACUGGGUAAAAUCUCUCAGUCAGAGGAGGCACUGCGGCUGUGGAGUGAUGGCAGCCAGUUCUCAGAGGAAAAUCCUAGAUGGUCAAUUUUUGAGGCAGUGUUGCAGAGUUUCAGGCGGUGUAUGUUGGAGCGUGCGGUUCCGGUGUGGUUGCCGGGGGUGAUGCUGCGAGGGCAGGCUCAGGGUACAGUCAGCCUGCAUCAGCAUGUGUGUGUUCAUCUGUGUGCCUAUGUGGCUGCGCUACCCCCUCAACACUUUGCUCCACUGGAGCGAUCACUGUUAGCAGCUGUGCUGCAGGCAGACAUGCAGACGGCUGUUUUGGCCACAGAUUUGUGGUGCUUCCUGGCAAGGUAUGGCUCGGCUGACUUGUGUUUUCAUUAUGUUCACCUCAUUGCUCAUCUGAUAAGGUCAUGUCCCAGUGAAGGUUAUCAGCUGGUUCACUUGGCCCUGCUACUAAGACGUCUACUUUUUCUCAUGACUCCAAAACACCAGAUGGAGUUUGUGGAGCUUUUUCCUCCCUCUCAGGAGGAGAACCUGUGUGUGUGGCGUCACACUCUGCUUAGGUGUCUGUGCUCGGAGGCACGCGCACAGGUGGAGGAAGAGGUGCUCUCCAAAGCCUCUGCUGUUCUCCAGGAUUGGCAGGACAGCGGCUUCAGACUGGGAAAUCUAUCAAGACUGAAUAAGACGCUGGGGUGUGUGUUGGUGGUAAUGGGUGGAAGCAACCUGCAGGCAGAAUCUGUGGGGGUAUCUUCUGUGAAGAUAAUCUCUAUGAUCUGGAGUCGCAUGUGUAGCAGCCAGGUUCAGAUUUAUCCUCCUCUCCAGUGCACUGUGAAGUUACUCUUGUCAAUAUCAGCUGCGGUAAUCAAAAGUAUAGAGCCACAUGUUAUCAUACAGGCUGUUUCCUGUUUGAGUGGUUUGACUAUGCGGAAAUGCCCAGAUGACGUCAUCUUGGCUGCUUUGGAGUUUCUUGCCUCCAUGGGGAAAGUGUUUUUUCCUCCCAAUAUUCAGGGCCAGGUUUUGCCAAAAAUCAGUGCACUGUUUAAUGAUCUUCUGACUCACCCAUCCUGGCUAAUAUUCCAGCAUGUUCUGGAGGCCUUUGGUCUCUUUGCAGAGAUAACCAAUCAUGAGGAAGUGAUUUCCCAAACCUUGACGUCAGAGGAAGUCAAAACCAAAGUGAUAAACUUUCUCAGUAAGACAGUUUCACAGCAAGAGUCUGCAGAUGCAAGAUUAGAACGUCUGAAGGAGGGGACGAGCAUCAUAGACAAUCACUGUAAACAACUAGAGAGAGAGAGCAGCUCACCUGUAAACAUAGACUCUGCUGAGGAACCAUGUCCAAAAAAGGCAAGACACGAGACCAAAGCAGAAGAGGAGUAUGAGCGAUAUCUUCAGACGGCAGAAAGCGCUUUAAAAGCACUGCAGUCAAUAGAAGGUCCUGGCUGUAGCCCGUCACCUCCGCAGUGGGUGAGGCUAAGACUCGAGGCUCUGCAGACUCUGAUUACUCAGAUCAACACCACUACAGAUUAGCAAUCCUGAAUCAACCACAGCACCACCUCUACCUCCAACUACUUUUAACAAACAAGUACUCUGUUCUAAAUCACCAAACUUACUGAAAUUAAAAUCACUGUGUAAAGUUUUUUUUUAAGCUUGAAUGGACAAAUGUCACACUGAAGACUCUUAAGUGUUUAUUAAACUGACAUUAAAAGCCCA